GGCAUCAACAAACUGCACCGUACGCUAAGCUAAACAAAUGACGGCGCAAAAUGAAGUGCAUUUCAUGAAUUUAUAGUUGCAAUUGAGACGAGUGCAUCGGUGCAGUGAUAAGGUUGCUGAAGUGACAGGCAAUCAGAUAAUCAAAUGCACUCGGUCAUCGUCGUUUCCCAGUUGUCGGUCAGCAGUUCGAGUAGAAAAAUGUCUUGUGAUAAAUUGGUUAAUCUCAGUAUUUUCGACCUGGAGGAGCUAGAAUCGGUACUUCGAAGGUAUGGAGAUCGCUUCGAAAUUUGGUACAGAACAGUUCAAAAUUAUUUAAACUGGCUUCGAGUUGACCCAGAUAUUGUGGAUUUGCAAAUCAUCAGCCUCAAUGGAAACUGGAGAAACGAUGGAACAUUCGUCAUUAUUGAUUGUUCGUAUAUCUACUUACACAACUUCAAAGAAAACAAUGAUUCUUUGGAACGCAUCUUGCACUUGCUGAGUUGGAAACGCAGCUACUUUAUUUGCAUGUUUCCGGAAAGGCUCAAGCAACCGAUUUUAAACACAUUUCGUGAGCUGCAAAUUGAGAUAGCUCUAUUUACGGAUGACGUCAUCUACUAUUUACCCGCGAAUGCCGCUGAAUGUUUGGAACUUGAUAUCCCCGAAGGUUAUCGAUUAGGUUCUCUUGAAAGAAAGCACGUAAAACAGAUCAACGCCGAGUGGGAAUUUAGCUCAGGAACGGAAAGCGAACGUUUUAUCGAUCGGCUGAUCAUGUCCGAGUGCAACGUCACCAUUGGCUUGUUCAACGAGUCCAAUCACCAAUUAGUCGGUUGGUGUUUGCAGUCUCCAUCGGGAGAACUUAGUCUUCUGAGUGUUGAUCGCCAACAUCGUAGAAAAGGAUUUGGAUCAUUACUGGUUACGGCUUUUGCCAAACAAAUUGCCGCUGCUGGACUGGGAAGCUAUGCAUGCGUGCUUUUGUCGAAUCACCCUUCUCGAAAAGUGUUCUCCAGUCUAGGAUUCUAUGAAAAGGAAAACGUUCAUUGGAUCCUCAGUAAACCGAAACAAAAUAUGAGUCAUUGAAUAAACGAGGUCAGUUCUGCUACUUGAGCGAUCGCGUCGUUAAUCAUAGAAAUUAUUUUCGACGGUAGUCAAAUCGGUUAGACACAAUUGCCCCGUUGAAUUGCCCUCCAAGGUCUCAUCUACGGUGUUGAAUUAUAUUCCAACCGAUUGAGUAAUCAAACUUAGUUAUUCGGCUCAAUCAACUCGAUCGGUUUUGCUUAGCAUUGAAUUCUGUGCGCGAAACAAAACUACUGCCGAAAAGGCCUUUGGCGACUCACGUUACGACCGAGUCUGGCGCCGUCGUCAUUUUCGAUUAUCGUCGCCCCUUCUCAAAUUCUCAAAUUUCAAGCAAAGACGCCGUUUCUGCAACUAUAAUAACCUUUCUUGCUUCGAUCCA